AUGGUUUUCCAAGAAUUGAUCUGUGGCAAAGGGAUUAGAACACAGAUAUUGUUGUUGUGGAAUGAUGGAUGGAGGAGAUGGAGUUCUUGCUUUGCAUUGGACUGCAUUGAUUGUUCUCUGCAAUUCUGUACUGAUCUGGAGCAUGGAGUUGUUGUUUUGCUGAAUGAUCUGAAGGUCCAAUUGCUGGGCUGUUCUGUUUUGCUGGUCUGCUUUGUUGUGCUGACUGUUGAUGUCGGUGGAAUCGACAUCACAAUAAUAUAG